AAAUAUUUCUUAUCAGUUUUCAAAACAUAAUUUUUAUCACCAUUCACCAAUUUUAAUUCUGAAAAUUUAAUUUUAAAAUGACUUCUCCAAGAUCAAAAUCUCCUAAACCACAGAAUUCGUUUAGGAAAGAUGAUAGCAAAGAAGAGACAACAUUUUGGGAUAAAAUUGGGACGUUAGGACGUAAAAAGCGAAUAAAGGAAGUGCAAGAAGUUCAGGAAGAGGGUAAAUAUGCUAUCGACUCGCCAGGCAAUCCGGCUAUGGCUGAUGUUCCUCCUGAAGAAUAUACUCUUGAGGAGAAUGAAGAACGGACCAUGGUGGAACCAAAGUCCUAUUCUGAUCCUAAAUUACAAGAGUUAAUGAACAUAUUAAUUGAUUGGGUAAAUGAUGUGUUAGCUGAUCAUCGAAUCAUCGUUAAAAAUCUAGAACAAGAUCUAUAUGAUGGACAAGUUUUACAAAAACUAUAUGAAAAAUUGACUAACGAAAAAUUGGAUGUUCCCGAAGUAACUCAAUCCGAGGAAGGGCAAAAACAAAAAUUGUAUGUUGUUCUUGGAUCUGUAAACAAUAUCUUGGGUCUGACAGGUAACAGACUAUCGCAACAAAAAUGGAGUGUUGAAAGUGUUCAUUCUAAAAACCUUGUAGCCAUUUUGCAUUUAUUGGUAUCACUAGCUCGUCAUUUUCGAGCGCCAAUUCGUCUUCCUGAAAAUGUCACUGUCAAUGUAGUGAUUGUACAGAAACGUGAUGGAGUGUUGAAGAAUCGAACUGUAAUCGAAGAAAUUACAUCCAGGUAUGAUGAUCUUGGUAUGAGAUGCGAGCGUGAUGCUUUUGAUACAUUGUUUGAUCAUGCACCUGACAAAUUAGAAGUGGUUAAAAAAUCUUUGGUGACAUUUGUUAACAAACAUUUGAAUAAAAUUAACAUGGAAGUUCAAGAUUUAGACACACAAUUCCAUGAUGGUGUUUACUUGACAUUAUUAAUGGGAUUACUUGAAGGGUUUUUUGUGCCACUAUAUUCAUUUAAUUUGUCACCUCAAAAUUUUGAACAGAAAGUGCAUAAUGUCAAUGUGGCAUUUGAUUUAAUGCAAGAAAUUGGACUUGCUGCGCCUAAAGCUAGACCUGAAGAUAUUGUAAACUUGGAUUUGAAGUCAACAUUAAGAGUGCUUUAUAAUCUUUUUACCAAGUAUAAAAAUGUAUACUAAUCAAAACCAGAUCUAAUAAUUGAGAAUUAUUAAUUUUAAUAAAACGUAACAUAAUAUAUUUAAGUGACAUCAUUGUUAAUCGAACACAAGAUAAAUGUACUUGAUGUAUGAAAUAAGGUAACUGUGCACUCAUCCAAUAAUUAAGUGAUAUGCUAUAGUAAUAGCUUGACAAUCAAUAUUAUAAAUUUAUUUUGGUAUUAUUUAAGUUCUCAUAGUAUACUAUAAGUAUUAUAUUUUAUAUGCAAUUGUUAUAAUAAUAAGACAACUAACUAACUAAUUGUAUGUAUUUAUUAAUUUAGUAAUAUUAUUUGAUAUUUUAUUGUAGGUAUUAUAACACUUCAUAUUUUACAAAUAUUUUAUUGUUUCAUUCACAAACCAAUAUACAUUUUGCAAUGUUUAACAAUAGUCUAUAUUAGCAUAAACCUAAUGACUAAUAUUUGUUAAAGUGGACAAGAAGUCUUGUUAGAUUUUAAAUUGAAUACGUUUUUCAUCCUAAUAUAAGGUAAAUAACUAUUUUUAAAAAUGAAAUAAUUAAUCUUUAUGAUUUGAAAUAUUUGAAUACAAUAUUUAUUACCUAAUUAACAAAAUGAAGUGUAACAAUAAAAAAUGCGCAUUUUA